CACGCCGACCACGCCCACUGGCCCGGCAACAUCCGUCAGAGACGCGGAGCGGAGUGAAUGACCUGAGCCCGCUGGAGUGGCCGGAGGACGGAAAAUGGAGGCAGAGCUGUUACAGGUUCUCAACCCGCAGAGUCUGAGAGCUCUGGAGGAGUGGCAGCGCCGAGAGUCCGUCGCCCUAACACAGGUCAACGGCCAGAGGAGAUACGGCGGUCCUCCUCCGGACUGGAGAGGUCCUGUUCCAGGUGCAGGCUGCGAGGUGUUCAUUAAUCAGAUUCCGCGGGAUGUCUUUGAGGACCGUCUGAUACCCCUCUUCCAGAGCAUUGCACCACUAUAUGAGUUUCGCCUCAUGAUGAACUUCAGCGGGCAGAACCGCGGCUUCGCCUAUGCCAAGUAUGGAGACCCUGCCACUGCAGUAGCCGCCGUCCAUGCACUAAACAAAUACCCGCUGCAGGAGGGUGUGCGACUGGUUGUUAGGAGGAGCACAGAGAAAAGGCAGCUAUGUCUAGGAGAUCUGCCCUCAGGCAUGGGUCGUGAGGAGCUGCUCAUGGUCCUCCGGCUACUCUCGGACGGGGUCGAGGACAUCACUAUGAAGGCUGUUGGGUCCAGGGGAGAGGAUACCUGUGCUCUGGUGCACUACUCCUCUCACUACGCUGCCUCCAUGGCUAAGAAGGUGCUGGUGCAAGAUUUCAAGAAGCAGUUUGGCGUUUCCAUCUCUAUUCGAUGGAUAACAGACAGCUCCAUAUUCAGACAACAGGAGCAUCUCGAAGAGAUCUCUCUCGCCCCUCCUGGUCUGAAACUUCCAGCCAAGCUUUGUGUCCCACCUCCCCGCUUUCAGAUCACCCGACCCUCCCGCCUCCGAAAUUACAGAGACCCACUUCCUCCUCUUCCUGCUGCUCCACCUUCUCCAUCUCCUCCUCCCACCCAGGGCUUCUCCAGGGCUGUAGGGGGUCCGGCCCACCAUGUGGAGAACAGGGUAGUACCCUUUGUCACUAGAAGGCCUGAUUUGAGGUCCCAUGAUUCAGUGGGCCAGCUACGGUGGCUCUGUGAGCUGCACAACCUUGGAGUCCCGCUCUACGAUGUGCGCUACCACCACACAAGCCCAGAUGGCUUCCUCCACUUCAACUACAGGAUCAUUAUUCCAAGACUACCUGUACCAAUCUUCGGUGCUGUCCAGAUUCUGCCUGGCAUCAGCACCAACAUCAUGGAGGACGAGGUCCGCCGGGCUGUUGCUGAGCAGGCUAUUAAAUUCAUGUCUCACCAGCGUUAAAAAAAAAAAGUUGAUCUUUUUUCAACAGCUCAUGCCUGAUGAUGUAUAAUCAGUUUUGCGUUCACUAUUGAGAUCAGACAGCAUGUAGUGUUGAAGCCCUUCAGCUCCGUUUCCAGUGAGCUGGGGUUCACGGCAGGGAGAGACGUUUUGUUUUUUGUUACUUAAACUACCUCAAUUAUUGUUUUGUUUUUUAUCUUUUGAUACGCAGUUUUAUAAUGUUUUAAUUAUGUAUUAUAUUAAUAUGUUUUGUGUGUUAGUAUCUUGUGGAUUGUUUGCACCCUUUUCAAGCCUGAUUUUUGCAUGUGUUUGUUUUCAUACCUGAGUGGAUUUGUUUAGUUGUGUUGGUUUCUUUACGUGUUAUUUAAAAAAAGAAAAGAAUUUUUCAGCCUGUAUCUGCACUAUUAUUAAACGGUUGUUCUUGACUGGG